UUUGGCGCUCUUCAGUCUUGACCAGUCUGGCGCGUUUUUGAAAGUCAGUCAGGAAACAUGUAUUUUGAAUCCCUACUCGGAACAGUUUGGAGAACGACCGCGUUAUAACUAUUUUUUCUCACGUUGUUGUUCACACAGUCGCGGCCGACGUGGAAAAUGUUUGCGCCUGUUUGGGGACGCUGCGAGGAGCCGAGCUGCUCGGAGAGUAGCAUCUAGCAGACUCUUGCUAGCCUGUUGUUUUUUUUUUUGUUUGUUUGUUUUUACAGUUACAUUUUGUAUGUGUGGUGGCAACGAACAGCUGUCCACCUCACACGAUGAGCUUUGCCUCUGUUGUUCAUUCACACAUACGGGGAAGUGAAUAAGAAAAGGCAAGAAGUGUCCGAGGUCGCAGCAAGUUAACCGGUUCAACUUUAAUCGGUCUCUUCAAACUAUGGCUGGUGUUGUUGCUAUGGCAGCUGUCAUUGAGGACUUUGACACCCAGCCAUGCAAGAAAUCUCGCAAAGAUGGUGGCAGUCCCGUUGUCAAGACAAUCACAAACUAUUUCUCUCCCGUGUCCAAACCUGCGGAGAAACCCUUUUCUCCUCCUCGCUCCAACAACAUCAUGGACUACUUUAGCCGGAAGGCACCGUCCUCUAAAGAAAAGACCAGCUCACCGGAGCAGUCGAAAGAGAACUGUCAGACGUCUCAGCUUGAAGAAAAACACACCAGCCCAGAGGCAGCAGUGAAACAGCCAUCUCAAAAACGGGGUAGGAAGGCCAGCAAAGCCGCGAGGAAACUUGUGGAAGCUGAUGCUGUUAGCUCCACAGCAGAGGAGAGCUGCCUCAUUGUAGAGGAACCACAUGAUAGCAGAGACUCGGCAGCAGACGCAGUCAGCAGCUGUGUUGUUCUUGGCAGUGAUACAGCAGCCCUAUUGGCCCGGGUUAGUGCUGAGGCUUGUGUCAAUGCGGGAGAAUCAGAGAGGAAUAUCACUGAGACGAUGAUUAAGAAAGAUGACCAUCAUGAAGAUGUUUCCAAAUCUAGGAACAAUAUCAAACUCAAACCAGAACUCUACUGUAUUGAAUUAUCUCCAAUUGUACCUUCAAAGGAUAAAGCAAAACAGGUCAAAACUGUUGCACGAAAUGCUAGAAAGAAGCGGCUGCUGGAGGCAAAACAUUCAGAACCAGAGGAGAAAGAAAUGGAGAGCUGCUUGUGUGACGUUAGUAUGGAGGUCAAUGUGGAUGAGGCCUCUCAGUUAAACAGCAGCACAGUCACAGUCUCCUUUGAGGAAUUUGUGCGGAGUCAGAGCCAGGACAGGGGUGAAGAGGACAAAGAAGAUGAAAGUGGAAUCACAACGGAGGCAGCCGAAGGAAUGGACACUGAUCAGUUGAACAUCCCUAAAGCUGAAGAAAUUGUAGGUUCUGGGGAGCCACCUCUUCAAAUCUCACCCCGAACUGUCACCAUCCAGGCUGAAGUGCACGUCUCACCCAAACAGGAAGCCAAGGCGGUGGGAAAGGUGGCUUCUAUCUUCAACAGGAGAAAAGGUGCGAUGAGCCCUGCAGAGGUAGUAUCGCCUCCUCACAUAGAGGCUGGACACCAACUUCCUUCUAGCUCUCUGACGGUCAAGCGUAAAUCCAAUGUGGUUCUUCAAGAGGAAGAUCUAGAGCUGGCUGUGCUCGAGAGUGAUUCCAUGCCCAAGUGCAGUGUGACGGAGAGGAAGCAGUUCAUGGCUGCCUUCAAGCAGCCCAGUCUGGAUGGGUCCAAAACCAAGCCUGGUAAGAGUCAGGGCAAGCAGAAGCAAACUGAAGAGAAGGUUUUGGAUGAGGCAGACAAAGUUGCUGAAGAGGACACUGUAACUCCACCCGCUGUUGAGGAAGUUCCUGCGGCCUCUGAGGAAAACAAAGUAGCUAAAAAGAAACCAGGAAGAAAAGGCAGAAAGAAAGCUAAAGUAGAAAAUGAGGCGGUCCCCACCCCACCAGCUGCUGCUCCUGUGGAAGAAUCAGUUGAGGUUGAUGAUAAAAGAGAGGAGCCUCCCAUAACCUCAACCCCCUCCAUCCCUGCAGUGAGGAGGUCCAGAAGAGAGGCUGUAGUCCGGCAAGCCUCCGAGGACACCCCAACAACUCGUAACAGAAAAACCAGUAAACAUGAGGCAAAGGAUGCUGCUGCUGAUGCUGCUGCUGAUGCUGCUGCUGCUGCUGCUGCUGAUGCUGAUGCUGAUGAUUUACCUACUGAUGACCCUGCAAAGAUGUCCACCCCGAAGAUAUCCAAGUCCAGACACGGAGUCUUCAUAGCAGAGAUGGUGUGCCCUCCUGACACAAAACAAAGUCCAAUCAGGAUUAAAUUUACAAGAGUCCAUAAAAAUGUCUCCAAGAACAAGGCUGAAAGUGGAAGUGACGUAAACAAUCCUUUGGCUACUAAAACAUCAAAUGAGUCUAAAAAAAGGAAGCAGGCAAAGAAGUUGUUGGAGAAAGCUAAAGUAAUUCAACAGAGUAAAAAGGCUGCUGUCGCGGAGAAGGGCACCUUAAGGCGUUCCUCACGAGCCGAGGCCUCCACCAAGAAGAGCUAUUGUGAAGAUGAGGUACAGGAUUCUGUCAUCUGCCUGGAGGAGGACCAGACAGCCCCAGAAAAGAGUAAAAGCCAGAAGUCUUUACGCAGUUUAAAUGAUGUUCUGGGAAAAGCAGCACCUGUUGGCAAAGAGACCAAGGCUGUCUCAGGCUCCAAAGUGGCCUCGCUGGGCCAAGAGAAGACUGCUCGAAAGGCGUCAACGGUGAUUUCCAUCUUUGAUGAGAGCAGCAAUGACGGCUCUGAAAACUCCCAGGAUGAUGAGCAGUUCAAGGCUCGAAGAGAGUUCUUGAAGAGCGGUCUGCCCGAGUCCUUUAGGAAACAGAUAGCCAAAACAGCUGCCACCAAGGAGGCAUACUCCCUCUCCUGUUCCUCCUUUCAACCAGUUACACACACAAAGCAACCACCAAACGAUUGCCCUCUUUGGAGUCUACUGUGGCCUGAGUCACCAUUACUGUGUCACCUGAAUGAGAUUUGGUGCCGGACCUCCAGCCCACUUCCAUCUGUCAGUGGCUCCCUUUGUGUGAAGACAGAACCAGCCCGUAGAACCUUUUGUAAAUCGGGUUCUGGCUGGAGGCCCGAGAUCUCUGAAAAUAUCCGUCAGCUUCUAAUGGAGGAGAUCAGCACCACCAACCCUUCAUUCCCUGUUCAGAUGUUCAUCACUCGCUUCCAUAAGAGACGCACUGAUCACCAGCAGCAGUGCACAGCCUCAGAACCAGAGGCUGCAACCAGAGUCACAAACGCCAUACUGCCAGCAGAACCAGUAGGAGGGAAGAGGAAGAGGAUGAGGAUGGAAGAUGAAGGAGAAAUGACAGCAAAGGUGGCAAAGAAGCAACGGGCCAACUGUUCAGAAGAGAAAAUUUCUACGCCUGAGCCAACAAAAAGAGGAGGCCGUACAAGACAAUCUAAGAGAUCAAGGCCGGAGACUCCCAUCCCGUCUGAAGAUGACUGUGUGAUUGUGCAGGAUGAGUUGCCUUUGGGAGAGGGCACUGGAACAAAAGAUGUGGUGAAGGAGGACGUGUUAUGGACAGACAAAUAUCAGCCCCAGCACUCCAGCGACAUCAUAGGCAACGCUGCCUCAGUGAGGAGGCUGCACAGCUGGCUAAAGGAAUGGAAACUCCGUGCCGACCGAGAAGAGAGAAAAAAGCAGACAGACAAGAAACCAGAGGAAGGCAGCAAUGACUCGGACUGGGACUGUGGAGAAGAGGACUCUCAGGAUGGAGAGGACAUGCUGUGUAAUACAAUGCUCAUCACAGGACCCACUGGGAUUGGAAAGACUGCUGCAGUCUAUGCCUGUGCCCAAGAGCUGGGCUUCAAGGUGUUUGAGGUGAAUGCUUCAUCUCAGCGGAGUGGCCGUCUUAUUCUGUCCCAGCUGAAGGAAGCCACUCAGUCACACCAGGUGGACAGUCAGGGGGUCAACGCCCACAAACCCACCUACUUCAACAGUUAUGGCACAAGCACCAGCGCCGGCACUCUCAGGCCUGGAUCCUCUCCCAGAAAGGUUAACUCUCCUCGUAGAGUAGUUUCCUCUCCCAGGAAACAUCCUCAGUCCCCAAGAGGUGCUAAAAGAGGAGUCCUAGCUCCCACCUCUUUAGCUAACUUCUUCAAAAUGGGUCGAUCCACCAACAAAGAGACACCGAACACUAAGAAGAAUGAACAAACUGCUGCUUCCAAGAAAGUCCCAAAAGCAAAUGAGUGUACCAGUAAGCAUAAAGACCCUGCAGUCAAAUCCCCAACACCUACCACCCCUAAAGUGAAAAACAACGAAGAGCAGAGCAAGAAGACAGCCAUCUCGCUUAUCCUGUUUGAAGAAGUGGAUGUUAUUUUUGAUGAUGACUCAGGAUUUCUAGCUGCCAUCAAGACAUUUAUGACCACUACCAAGAGGCCAGUCAUCCUCACUACCAGUGAUCCUGCUUUCAGCACCAUGUUUGAUGGGAACUUUGAAGAGAUCAACUUCAAAACACCAUCACUGUUGGACAUGAGCAGCUCCCUGCAGCUGUUGUGUCUGGCAGAGGACAUGAGGACCGACCCGUUGGACAUCAGUUCUCUGCUCAGACUCAACGGCUGUGACAUCCGGCAGAGUUUACUGCAGCUGCAGUUCUGGACUCGCAGUGGAGGAGGUCGCUCUACAACCAGGCCGUUUACGCACACUGACAAAAAUGCUCAACUAAGGCCAGAAACUCAUGAAGAGGCAACUGGCAUGUCUGUGUGUGCAGCGACUGCCCCAUCCGCUCUCCCUCCCUGCGAUACCGGCUGCACUGAGAGCAUGCUGGGACUGCUGAAUAUUGAACCCGAGAGAGACAUUUGGGAGCUGCUCAGGAGCCGGAGUGCAGUGGAGGAGGCGUUAUGUGGGGAGCUGCUGGUGAACAGCAGGCGGCGAGGAGUGGACUUGCUUUAUUCCAACAUGGAAACACUCUUACCUCUACCACUCACACAACUGACUACCUCAACCUACAAACCAGAGCAGUCUGUUUCUGUGUCACAAGACCAUCCUUCUGUUAAGCCACAAGAGCUGCAGUCCACCUGCCUGAAUGACAUGCUGCUGUCCCAUCCCGGGUUAUUGCACAAUGCAGUGUCAGUGGGUUGCUCAGAUGAUGGCAGUCCAGUUAAAAUGUCCAGCCGGAUGAGGAAGAACAAGAGGCGGCACUGUCUACCUGACCAGGAUGGACUGCACUCUGACUCUGACUCAGAAGACAGUUUUCUAUCUCUCUGCAAGCCUCCUUGGGCAGAGGAGGAAGUCAAAGAGAGUUUAGUUUUAAAAACAGUAAAGAGGAAGCCACUAACUCCCGAGGAGCGGGUAAAGAGUCUCCCAGUCUCCCAGUGUCUAGAAUCAAUAGCUGACUUUUUGGACAACAUGUCCUACAUGGACUCUUCUUUGCUCGUUCGUCCAGAAGGGGCUGACAAUCAGAGAACAUCGGUAGUUGGAGCAGUGGUGAAAGAUGGGAUGACGGAUGAGUCGAGGGUUGAGACUGACGGAGGGAGCUGGGUAAGAGGAGAGCGCUUCUUGGAGAUCCCGGCCGCUGUGGAGGCGAUGAGCUUCCAUAACUGUCGGGUUUCAGUGGAGAACGCGUGGGACAAAGCCCAACAACUGGAAGGGGAGCUGGGAAAGGAGGCUAGAGCUGAACUCACCCUUCCUGUGGCUGCUCAUCGUGAAGGUUACAGCUUCACUCAGGACAGCCCCUGUCAACCACAGCUGGUCCAGCGGAGGAGAGAAGUGAUGGACAGUCUGAUGUUCAGGGGAGUGUUUGGUACUCUGGGCAACAGACCAGCGGCUGCUCUGGACUAUUUGCCAGCCCUCCGCACCAUCUGCAGAUCAGAGCAACUUAAGGAGCAGGGCAAAGUUAAACGAAGGUUCCUGCACUACCUAGAUGCGAUCCACCUGGGUGUUGAAAAGAGCACUCUACAGCACCUUGCUGAAGACUUCCCCUAAAACCACAGAUGAGAUGAGACGUGUCCUCAUAAUCACACACAGGCCUUAAACAAAUAUUGCCCUUUGAGUGGUCACAGUUUUAAGGGCCGUACAUUUUUGGCUCUUAAACUGGAAGGAGCCCAUUUAAAGGCUGGGCUGUGGCACAAGAACGAAUAGUCGUGCAGCAUAAAUCAGUGUUGCCUUUUGUGUCUUUGUGGUCCUGACCUCAGCACGAGAUAAGGUUCCUAACCCUCUGUGUGGAAGUUUACGCAUAUAUGUGAAGGGCGCACAGCUAAAUAACCUCAAAUGUGCUCUGAUUCAGCACAUUUUCUUUGGUGCUUUCAAAGAAUGCACUAAAGAUAACUACUUUAUAUGAUGGAGUGUAUCUUUUUUUUUUGUACAGUAGUGUUUUAUACUUUUGAAGCUUAAUUUUUCAAUUUGCUUUGCAUCUUGUGAAGUGUUUUUAUCAAGUAGAAAUUGCUUUUGAGGAGCAAAUGUGUAUCAUUAAUGAUUUGUAAGAGAUUAACGUAUAAAAUAGAAUUUGCUUCUGUAUUUGUAAAGGCUGUGUAUAAAUUCUCCACUCAAAGUACUGUUAAUGCACCCAGGAUCUUGUUUCAUUGUUCAUAAAAGGCAGACAGCUUUUAAAUGUCACUUUCACAUUUAUCACAAAGAUUUUUUUGAUUAUUAUUUUUUUUUAUGUGGGUUUUUCUUCCCCAGCCUUAAAUGUGUACACAUUAUUCACAGUGGGUUUUGUUGUGACCAAAUAAAGGUUUAUCACAACCAAAUAAAUAAA